CAGGUAGCUGGUGUCACUUCGGUGUGGUUUGAAGAAGAGUUUCUCCCCAGCUGUGUUGGAGGCGCCCUUUCGACCUGGAGGCCUGGGUCUGCUGGCCACAGGGCUGCCGCACUGGCUGGGACUGCCAGCUGGACCUGGAGACGCUGGUGGCUGUGGACUCCCCAGCUUGGAGCAGCCCCUCUUUGACCUCGCCCCGUGGAGAAGCAGCCCCAUGAAGGUGCCCAGCCAUGCAAUGUUCCUGGAAGGCCGUCCUCCUCCUUGCCCUGGCCUCCAUUGCCAUCCAGUACACGGCCAUCCGCACCUUCACCGCCAAGUCCUUUCACACCUGCCCCGGGCUGGCGGAGGCCGGGCUGGCCGAGCGACUGUGCGAGGAGAGCCCCACCUUCGCCUACAACCUUUCCCGCAAGACCCACAUCCUCAUUCUGGCCACUACGCGCAGCGGCUCCUCCUUCGUGGGCCAGCUCUUCAACCAGCACCUGGACGUCUUCUACCUGUUUGAGCCCCUCUACCACGUCCAGAACACGCUCAUCCCCCGCUUCACCCAGGGCAAGAGCCCGGCCGACCGGCGGGUCAUGCUGGGCGCCAGCCGAGACCUCCUGCGGAGCCUCUACGACUGCGACCUCUACUUCCUGGAGAACUACAUCAAGCCGCCGCCGGUCAACCACACCACCGACAGGAUCUUUCGCCGCGGGGCCAGCCGGGUCCUCUGCUCCCGGCCUGUGUGCGACCCUCCGGGGCCAGCCGACCUGGUCCUGGAGGAG